AUGCAAUCCUUGGCUAUCUAUGCACGCUUAUUUACACGUGCUCUUAGUGGUACAGAAACUGAAAAUUUCUUAUAUAAUAGUUUAUUACGUUUAUCAACAUCAGCAUCUGUUCAUAAUUCACAAACGUCAAAUCGUCCGGCUAUAUCAUCAUCGUCACCAACAAUAACACGUGCUGUACAUCUAGUCACUGCUACAUCAGGUUAUUCAGGUCAUGAUGAUGAUGAAGAUGAAAAAGAAAAUUUGAAAAAGAAAAAAAAUUCACCAAAAAUUCAACGAACAAAUCGAGCGAAUGGUUUCGGCGAUGAUGCAUUUUUCAUAGCUAAAAGUCGUGUAGGAGAUUUUCUUGGUGUUGCUGAUGGCGUCGGCGGGUGGCGCGAAUAUGGUGUUGAUCCAUCUUUAUUUUCAAGUUCUCUCAUGGCAGCAUGCAAAUCUCUGGUUGAUAAUAAACUUCUAGAUUUGAAUCCUUUAACAUUAAAAGAGCUACUCUCAAAAGGUUAUAAACAAUUAUUAGAAGAUAAACAAUGUAUUAUUGGCAGUAGUACCGCAUGCAUUGUUGCACUACAUCGAGAAAAAAGUAUUUUGCAUACAGCAAAUUUAGGUGAUAGUGGAUUUGUAGUUAUAAGAAAAAAUAUUAUUGUGCAUCGAUCACAAGAGCAACAACAUUAUUUUAACUCACCAUUCCAGUUAGCUAUUCAUCCAACAAUUAAAGAUCCGAAUUUAAUUGCUGAUAGUCCUGAUGCGGCGUCGGUGACGUCAUUCAAUGUUGAAGAAAAUGAUUUUAUUCUUAUUGCAACCGAUGGUGUAUGGGACAAUUUACCAGAUUCAACUGUAAUUGAAGAAGUAAAAAAGAUUAAAGAGCCAACAUUGGAUAAUAUACAACUUGCUGCACAUGCCUUAGCUAAACGUGCAUUGGACAAUGGGCAUGAUCCUAGUUUCUAUUCACCUUUUGCUAAAAGUGCUAGAAGAUCAUUAGGCAUCAAUAUUUGCGGUGGAAAACCUGAUGAUGUUACAGUAUUACUUGCUGCUGUAACAUCGACAGGUUAA